CUUAACGGUGAGUAAGAUUCGUAGGAGAAGCAAAUAUGUUAUAAGGUAAAAUGGAACGAAUGACUGGGGAAAGAAAUCAAAAUGAUUGACAAAUCAAAACGCUCUCCGUUUCUACAAUAUAAACAGUUAAAACUGAAAGAUGGAAAGAAUUAUGCAGUAAACAUGAGUGUAGUUAAUUGAGCGCUGGUUCCUGUUUGAAAUAAACUGUCGAGGUGACGAGUGCGGCAGCGGCGGCGGCGGCGGCGUUAGAUGCUCUUAUCGUACUCCCGAGUUCUGGUGGAGGAGCAAAAGGAAAGCGCGCGGGAUGAAUGACGGGCCCGCCGUUAAGCCGACCAAGUGUAAAGUAGUAAUCCGGUGCAUCUCGUAGAGACGACUGGUACGCCGCGCAGCAUCUCGCCCCGAGACAUGUCGCAGGUCGAGCUUCUCGUCCUUUCGACCGUCCUCCUCGCCUGGUCAGCGUACGCGUAUCCGGAGGGCACGCUGCUGAACGACAACGCGCGAGCGUCGAUCGUCGAGACGGUGCUGGAGCGCGAACCGGCGACCUUCAAAUUGUACACCAGGGAGAACCCGUUCGGCGAGGAGCAACUGUUCCUGAACAACACCGAGGUGUUGUACGCGUCGCAUCUCAACGAGAGCCGGCCGACCAAGUUCAUCGUUCACGGAUUCAGCGACACCGGAAACGAGGGCUGGAUACGUGAUCUAGUGGACGCGUAUCUGCUUUAUCAGGAUGUGAACGUGAUAGUCGUCGGCUGGGGAAUCUUGGCAUCCGACGCCUACCCGGUGGCGGCUAAGAACACGCGUAUUGUCGGUGAGUACUUAGGCCAGUUCCUGGAUUUUUUGAAUCGGGACUCGAAUCUGGAGUACAAGGACGUACACAUCAGCGGUCACAGCCUGGGCUCCUACGUGGCGGGCUUCGCCGGAGCUUACCACGACGGACGCGUCGGAAGAAUAACAGGGCUGGAUCCCGCGAGUCCUCUGUUCGAGACCAUCUCGGGUAUCGUCGAUCCGGAAUUCCGGCUGGAUCCGACCGAUGCUCAAUUCGUCGACGUGAUCCACACCAGCGGCCCGGUGUUCGGGUUCUCGGCGCCAUUGGGACAUGCCGAUUUCUAUCCAAACGACGGCAAGAUCCCGCAACCCGGAUGCUCUUUCGUGCCGACGAUAACUUACUGCAGCCACUCGAGGGCGCAUCAACUUAUGACCGAGAGCAUCGGCAGCACGGUGGGCUUCAAGGCGAGAAUGUGCGAGAACUGGGAAAAAUACAAGGAGCGUCGUUGCGAUUACAAUCCGGUCGUGCUGAUGGGCGAAUACGCCUCUACCUCGCUGCGUGGCAAGUUUUAUCUGUUGACCAACGACGCUCCGCCCUACGCACUACAGUAAACAUUUAUGGAUACCGAAUCCUGGUGGAUUUCUCGAUUUGAGAACUUGCGAACCCACGAUUACGGCUCGAGCGGCGAUCGCGCAAUAAUCUGUACUAGUCAUUGAUAAGUUACUUUAUUUAUGAAAACUCCUCGGUUCUGAGUGCGUGCGUAUCGUAUCGGAAUGUAUCCUUAAUAUACGUAAUGCUACAUUACAUUUAGAAAGAG